AUGCGUCAUCCGCGGUCCUUUUGCAGGAUGAACGGAACCGGAAGGUUGUUAUAAACAACAUGAGGAAUUUCUUUUCGUAUUUUACACGUAUAGCUAGCAUACAAAUAAAAUGUAAUUGCUUAGUGUUUUAAUCUAGCUAUUAUAUAGUAGCUAAUUAUAUUUUUAUCGAUCAUUGUCAUGAUGAUAUCUUGAACUAGCUGGACUGCAAUAGUCCUCGUUUAACUUUAUCCAGAUUUAAUGUAGAAAAUACCUGCGAUUAAACAAUUUAGUGUAUGUUAAUGUAAAUCAUUAGCUAACUAGUUGUCCAGUUUUAUUAACGGUAGAUUACAUAUCCUUAAAGCUAGCAUGGAUAAACGGAAUAAGUCAUUGCAUACUAUGGAUUCCUGUGAUUCGGAAAACCUGCCGAUUUCCCAGCACAAGGAAAAACUUGUUCAAGCAGUCCAAGUCAACUCGUUCUUGGUUGUUACGGGCGAGACUGGCAGUGGGAAAACCACUCAGCUUCCGCAAUACUUGUACCGAGCAGGUUUUGGGAAGAAUGGUAAGAUUGGUGUGACCCAGCCACGCAGAGUGGCAGCUAUUACCGUUGCUCAGAGAGUCUCCCAGGAGGUGGGCUGUUCUCUCGGGAGAGAAGUGGGGUACCAGGUGCGCUUUGAUGACUGCUCCACUCAGGACACAGUCGUGAAGUACAUGACAGAUGGCUGCCUGCUGAGGGAGAUUCUGGCCGACCCCAGUCUUACGCAGUACAGCGUGGUGAUCCUGGAUGAGGCUCACGAAAGAAGCUUAAACACAUCGGUUUUCUGGUCGAUGUGUCGACGUGGUCGGUGUGUGUCGCAGGACAUCCUGCUGGGCCUCCUGAAGAGGAAGGUGCUGCAGGCCCGGGGGGGGUCUUCCUCCGGCCGCUCCGCCCCGCUGAAGGUGGUGGUGAUGUCGGCCACGCUCGAGACGGACAAGCUGUCCGCCUUCCUCGGGGACUGCCCCGUCUUCGCCAUCCCCGGACGGACGUUCCCCGUGGCCGAGCGAUUCUGCGGCUUGAUCGGCCCCAAAGACACCGACAGCACGGUCUACGUGCAGGAGGUUGUAAAGGUGGCUCUGGAUCUGCACACAAGUGAGCGGGCCGGGGACAUACUGGUGUUUCUUACAGGACAGUCCGAGAUCGAGAAGGCCUGUGACAUGCUGUAUGAGAAGGCCGAGGCCAUCGACUACCGCUACGACGUUCAGGACCGCUCUGUUGAAGGCCUGCUGAUCCUGCCCCUUUAUGGCUCCAUGCCAACAGACCAGCAAAGGCAGAUCUUUCAGCCGCCUCCGAAGGGCGUGAGGAAGUGCGUCGUCGCCACCAACAUCGCCGCGACGUCCCUGACGAUUAACGGCAUCAAGUAUAUUGUGGACAGCGGGUUUGUGAAGCAGCUGAAUCAUAAUUCCAGGGUCGGCCUGGACAUUCUAGAAGUUGUGCCCAUUUCAAAGAGCGAGGCACAGCAGAGGGCGGGCAGAGCCGGAAGGACCUCGGCCGGGAAGUGCUUCCGGAUCUACAGCAAGGAAUUCUGGGAGAAGUGCAUGCCGGAGUACACGGUCCCCGAGAUCCAGAGGACCAGUCUCACCGCUGUCAUCCUCACGCUGAAGUGCCUGGGAGUUCAUGAUGUCAUCAGGUUCCCUUAUCUUGACCGGCCUGAAGAGAGGUUCAUCCUGGAGGCCUUGAAGCAGCUGUACCAGUGUGAUGCCAUAGACAGGCGAGGUCAUGUGACCAGGCUGGGCCGGCUGAUGGUGGAGUUCCCCCUGCCGCCCGGGCUGACUCGAGCCCUGCUGAAGGCUGCCUCUCUGGGCUGCGAAGACCUGCUCCUCCCUGUGGCGGCCAUGCUGUCCGUGGAGAACAUCUUCAUCCGACCAGGCCAGCAGGAGAAGCAGCAGGACGCCGAGAGGGAGCACGUGAAGCUGAUCGCAGAGUCGGGCAGCUGCAAUGACUUCACCGUGCUGCUGAGCGUGUUCGAGAAGUGCAGAGCCAGUGACUCACCGUCUGCAUGGUGCAGGGAUCACUGGAUCCACUGGAGGGCGCUGAAGUCAGCCUUCAGCAUAGAGACACAGCUGCGAGAUAUUCUUCUCAGGCUGAAACAGCAGAGAGACUUUCCUGUGGAGAAAUUCGAUGGUAGCCGGAGUGAGAUCUUCAGGAGGUGCCUUUGCACGGGAUACUUCGCUAAUGUGGCCAGAAGGGCAGUGGGAAGAACAUUUUGUACAAUGGAUGGGCAUGGAUCUGUGGUUCACAUUCACCCAGCAUCAGCACUGUUUGAACAGGAGGCCCAGCUUGACUGGAUCAUCUUCCACGACGUGCUGGUGACCUCACGGGUGUACGUGAGGACGGUGUGCCCCGUCCGGUACGAGUGGGUGAAGGACCUGCUGCCCAAACUGCACGAGGUGGACGCGUACGAGCUGAGCAGUGUUGCCAGGGAGGAGGUGACCGAUGAGGAAGUGGCCAAGUGGGAGGCUAAGGAAGCUGCCAAAAGACAAUCAGAGGAGUCUGCGGAGGACGCGCUGAAGAAACUGGAGAGGAGGAACGACGAGGCGUCGGUGUCAGAGGCCCGAGCGCGGUACCUGCAGAGGAAGCGGGAGAGGGGGCACCCGAAAGCGCCCUGACCCUUGGGGGAGCAGUGGGGGGGGGGGACCGACUCUGAGGCUGCUGCUCUCCAGAAACUUUUUUUUUUUUUUUUAAAGCGGAGGGGGGCCCUGGAAUGUGGUGCCCUGCAUUCCAGGCUCAGCCCCGACACCGCGGCGUGCGCUAAGUGGAGGGGAAAUUGCAUACUUCACUGGGGAAUGCAGGACCACUUCCUGUCAGGAAAUAAAUCUCCCCCUCGCAGUCCGCCGCGCUGGAAGUGCCCCCUGUGAGCCUGUUACAGAGCAAGGUGCAUGAGCAUCAGAUCGCAGAACACGUGACGGCGUGCUCCAGACCUGGGUCAAAUACGUAUUUCUUUUGGAUUCAAGUACUUUUCUGUGCUCUGUUGAUCUUGCCUGGUGUAAUUGAGCCUGCCAAUGUGACCAGAAGGUGGGGUUUGUACUUUUUGAGAGUGUUUCAUUGGUUCCAAUACACCAGACAAGAUCAGUAAGGCAUAGAAAAGAAUUUGAAUCCAAGAUGUCCAGAUGAAAGCUGAACUGUACUAAUGCUCACUUUUUAUACUGGAAAUAUGAAACUUUGAAUAAAAUAUUUUUAUAACAUGCAUAAAUGUUAAAUGCAGGUCCACAUUUUCAUGUUGUCAGUUCAUGUUCAGAUGUCAUUUUAAUAAAUAGAAUGGCAAAGCAAGUAUGAGUGAACAUGCCAUUUAAUUUAUAACUGGAUCAACAGUAGACAUUAUAAUUUGAUAUUAAUGUAAGAAGAUAACAGCAUCAUGAAUAUAGAUACAAGAAUGAAUGUGUCAGGUAUCUAUAGUAUGGGAUCAGUUGAGUUUGGCAUUUGCUGAAUUUUAAAUAAACUGGUCCAUGAAUUAGU